AUGAAUAUCAAUUAGACAACUGAUUCAAAAAAAGAAGAAUUUAGAAAGUAUUUAGAAAAAGCAGGAGUAAUUGAUCAAUUGACAAGAGUCUUAGUUGGAUUAUAUGAAGAACCAGAAAAACCUAAUAAUGCUAUUGAUUAUGUCAAAAAGUAUCUCGGAUCUCCAGUUGAUAUUGAUGUUGACAAAUUGAAAUUAGAAUAUGAGAAAUUAAAAGAUGAAAACAUCAGAUUAAAGAGAGAAGUUGCUGAAUUAAAAAAAGAAUUAUAAGCAGCCUAGUAAGAAUAAAAUUGA